UGUUCGCGAUCGCACGCAUUUCACUGAGCAUCGAGAGCUCUCUCGUUUCCAAAUGAUUUUACUUCCAUAUACCGAGUGUGUCGUUACUGUAAUCGAAAACGUGGAAAACCGCGAGCCCGCGAGUUGAGAAUCGAAAGUGUGGACGGGUUUCGGACAGUUUUCCCUCCCAUUAGCGGGAAAAAGACUUGGGGGAACAGCAGCGACGAACCCUACUGUGGCAUAUUAUUUUAUUAUUAUUUUCGCCGCAGAUUUGGGAUUGAAUGCGCGUGUGCAUUGCUCGUGUGUGUUACGGUAUCUAAAUUUUUUUUCUCCAUUUACGGCCCGGCGUAAAUUAAGUGAACUUUUGAAUUUGAAUGCCCGUUGCAGUGCGGAACUUGUGGGAUGUGACGAUUUGCGACUCUCGAAAUAGAGUUGCUCUGACCGUGAGAAUUUUGUGGACUUCUUCCGGUAAAAAUUCAGUUGAAUGUACGGUACAGCAGUAUGCUAAUGUACUGAUUAGAAAUUUGUUGACAUCAAACGGAAUUUAGAAAAGCAAAAGUGUUAUUGCGGUGCAGUUAUCGAUGAAGCUGCUCUCCCGGAUCGCAUGAGGGACAUCAUUAGCCAGGUUGGAACCGUCUCGGACCUGGGAGUCAAUGUGUCCGAAUGGAUUAAUGCUAGGAAAUUGGCACGAGAUACAAAGUUCAUGAAUCUCCAGAGUUCCCGUUUACUCGAACGGUACAAAUCCGGAAAGUGCGUUGACCAGAGCAGAAGAAGAUCGAAUUCAGCUUGGAGCUUGGAACACUUCUAGAAUGUGGUGACACCCAUCAAACGUACGCUAUCUCAUUGAAUUAAUUAGUGUGCGGGUGUGUAGCUCUCGAGGACCUGGGUAUCUGGGGGAAAAAGUUAUGAUCAUGUGUCGUGUGAAAUCUUGGCAACUGCAGACAGAAACUAAUGAGUGGUGAUUCAAACGCUUCGAGUUAUAAUCUGGCUGGUAUGAGUGUGACGUUGUUGGUGUUCAUGUGUACGAUAUAAUUACAUUGAAGUUCGUUAACCUAAACCUUAAUAACGCCAAAAUCAAAUCAGCGCUAGAGAUCGGUCUCCUCGGCUUCAGUAAAUGGGAGGAAGAAAAAAACCUGUCGAUGUCUGAUGCGAUGGGUUUGAUUAGAUGGUGGAGCUCAACCCCAUGGGAGUCCCUCUAAUCCGAAGUGACCGCUGGUAUUAAAAACGUACAUCCGUUUACGGUUAGUCGCCACUUUCUCCCCAUCCAUCGUCAUUAUCAACGAGCCAGCCGCCAGCCACCAAUUACGGUGCGAAUUUUUGGCACAGGUUCAACGUUCCGUUUGAUGUAGUUUACAUUUUUGUUUAAGCGGAUCUGACCUUUUCCGCCCAAAAACAUCCGUCGCAAGUCGCACGACAUAAAAGAAAGGUGCCGGCAAAAAAGACAAAGCAUUUUAAAUUCGACCAACAAUCAGCGCUGCCGCUGCCUGGAAUCUGCGAAGAAACCGAUCCCCAAAUUUUGGGGGGCAGCACCAAACUGCUGGAGCCGCAAAUUGAGACAAAGAAAAUAAUAAACAUUUUUAUAACAGACGGACGCGUAUUUUAAACAAACAAUUUCGCAGCAAGAAACCCAGUUCGGUCUCAUUAACCUACUGUACAAAUUUCACGACUAGAUACUCAAGUAAACCGGAUCAGUGAGCUUUUUGCAUACAAUUGCGAGCACUGAAACACAUUUAGGAAAGGAAAAUGGAGAAUGACCGGUCAGUACCUGCCAUCAGCAUACUUUUGCUUCUCGGGAUCUUCUCCUUGGCUCAUCUGGACGCGGUUGCUUCAAUUCAGAUCGACAAUCGACUGGUGCAGCCUCAGCAUGAUUGUUUCGAACGGAUAGCGCUGGGAGCUAUGUUACCAUUCGAAAAGACGUUCCGAAAUUCGGAUACAAAUUCAUUAAAAAUCUGUGAAACUCUCUGUCUAAAUGACAAAGAAUGCCAAACGUUCUCAUUUGGCAUUUCUGGGCGAGGCAAUGGAACCUGUCAACUGUCGGCAAACCUGAUCGAUGCCACUAACUCAAGACCAGUGGGGACCAUUUUCGAUCCCGAUUUUGAUCUCUAUACUCGAAAGUAUAACUGUUUUUUAGACUCGGGUGGACCUUCAAACGCACCCCCUAGACCUGGAGGACUAAGCAGUUUUCCUGGUAACGAACUACCACCAGGAGGAACAACGAGACCAACAUCUUCAUUCCCUCCGUCUGGACCUCCAGAACGACCUGGACCUCCGAUAUUCUCACCAAGUGGCAGUCCGCCAUCUGGCGAACCCAUAUCGACUACCCAUGGAGGUUUCCCUGAAACUCGGCCCACCAGCGAAUAUCCAGGAACAUACUCAACCAGCAUCGGAACCACUUAUGGGCAAACGACAGGAGAAACACUUCCUGAAACCACCGCCCCUGGAGAAGAAUACUACACCACUAAGGAUCAACCUUCUUCGUCGAUAACGGGUCAUUACGGUCCUCCUACGAGUACUGCAGCUGGAACUACAGGAAUCGACAGGACGCCACCUAAACAAACGGCACCCACAAUGCCUGGUGAAGCACCCACUAAAUAUCCUUUGGAUAUCAGACCACAGUAUCCGAGUGGAUCAGGUCCUUCGAGACCGAACACUGACUCUUACCAGUACCCAAUGCUCUAUGAAACCAACUAUCCAAUGCCUAACAACAACGGGCAUCUACCUGAAAUGUAUGCUCAAAACAUUCCAUCUUUAGAUAGCAACUACCUUAGACCCGAAUACGCUGGAUACUUUGGGAGACCCACCGGUCCUUCGGCUUCUACGGGUAAUAUGAAACCAGUUGAUAACACAAUUUCCGGAUAUGGUAGUACCGGGCCCCAAAGGCCAUUGGAUAGUAAACCCUCCGGAUAUGGAAGUGGGGGAAGUCGCCCAACAGGAAUAGCGACAGGGCCCAAUGGAUAUGGCUAUGGAAGCAGCGUUAGCAGACCGCAGCAACGGCCUCCAAGUGGUCCACCGAGUGGCGGAGAUGGUGGAUAUAAGGUUACGGAAGAAAAGCAGGAACAACCAAGCAGUAUGCGACCUUGCUAUCGUCGAGUUUUGGCCGGAAAACGUGUUGCUCCGCAGUGGGUUAAAAGAACGUUGGUCUGUGAACGGCAAGAAGAUUGCCAACGCGAAUGUGCCGAUGAACGAAGGUUCCCCUGCGAAGGUUUUAACUAUCGAUUGGACCCCACCGGCAGAGGCCAAGGCGAUUGUGAGCUGAUUGACCAACCGCUAACACAAAUAGACCUAUACUCAAGCCCUCACCAACGAGAUGCCAAUCUAAUACGUGAUCCCGAUUACGAUUACUUUGAACGGGAUCGAAGUGCUUCCCCAUCUUGUCGACCCAACUAUGGGUGUAAGGACUGUGGAAUGAAACCAUAUCGUCCAAAUUUGGACUACAUUCGACCCACAACCUAUCGACCUCAUGCCUAUCCAAUGGGUCGACCUCCGUUUGGUGAAGACAGUUACAAACCGAUAACAGCUGUCGACAAGUAUCGACCUCCGAUGUACGGCCGUCCAGAGUUCGAACGGUAUGGUUCAAACUAUUUCCCACCUCCAAGCGACAACUUCAGGCCAUCUAUAUCCUACAAACCUUUCUACGGCAGCGAAAUCGACCGUUAUGGAUCAGUCGAUCAAGAUACUUACAAACCGGCGCACACUGGUCCAUACGUAAGCGGUACGUACGAACGUCACGAUUACUACCGCCCUCCUCCAUUCACCUACCAUGAGGAUCGUCCCAUGAUCCAUCGACCACGUCAUCCAUACGAAGACCGCGAUCCUCCUCCACAGCCUCCAGCACAACCGCAAUAUCCCUCACAUAACGAAAAACCCAACAGCUUCAUUCCAUACCUCAUAGGACAGGACGCUCAUAAAAACUGGGGCACCUAUGGUGGCUCCUACGGCAACAGCGGCACCGAUUCCUACAAAUCCAUUUCAGAUUACUGGGGCCUCCGGAACGAGGUCAAACGGUACGAUGGUCCAACUGCAUUCAACUACUUUGAACUCAAAAACGAACAUCAUGUAGAUGACAACGCAAUCUGGAGCUAUGGUGGACCAAAGUAUAGCUAUGAAGACUCGCACGCCCUUAUUAUACCUGAUCAUCGGCCACUUGACCGAAUUCCCUACGGACACCAGUGGAGCAGACGGCCGGGCAACGAAGAAUGCUCGGUGAAGACUAGCGAAGGUUUCCGGUUGCAUCGAGGAGUUGUGAAAUAUUCCCUCAAUACGCCCACGGUAAUCGAUUGCGAACGAAUGUGUACCACAGAAUCGCGAUUCCGUUGUCGAACCUUUAGCUACCGAUACUCGCUGGUGUCCCGGGAAAACUGUUUGCUGUGUGACAGACCGUACAACCUGCUAGACUUCUACGCCGAUCUGGAGCCCGACCGAGAUUACGACAUUUACUCGAUGACCGAAGACCCCAAAGCCUGUCAGCUAGAAGUACAUCCACCGAUACGGGAUACGAGUGCACAAUGUUUCAUUCGCAUGGUCGACUCGUCCCGGUUCUACAAGGCAAUCGUACGCGACUCGCUGACCGUUCGAUCGGUGGGCGAGUGUGAACUGGAGUGCAUCAAAUCGUCAAAGUUCACCUGUCGGGCGUUCACCUACAGCUUUGGACCCCAUAGCAUCAAUUCGGUUAUCGACAAUUGUCAGCUGUCGGACUGGCCGGUCCGGGAUAUGGACAAGGAGCGGCAUCUGGUGUUCGACGAAGGAUUCGAUGUGUUCGAGCGGGCUAGCUACGGGCAGGGUUGCGAAAUUCAGCCCAUUAUCGAUGAUAAACAUCAGAAGAAAUUCUGUUAUCUAGGAUAUGGUUCUCCAGCAAAAUUGCUCUCAUCAGCUAUUAAGAAAGUAAUAUCGGUCAACACGGAAUUGGAUUGUAAAAACGAAUGUGCCCGUCUUAGAGAAAGCUCACCGUUCAAGUGUAUGUCGUUUAGUUUUGGAUCGCAAGCAUCGACUUACAACUGUGAGAUGUCGGAUCUGGACCAAAGUGAACUGAAACUUGGAGUUCAUUAUGCACACACUAAUGAUCGCGACUUUUGGCUGUUCGCAUGGAAUCCGUUCGAUUACACGUGUCGAGACAAAAUAAUAACCAUCAGCAGUGGGUCCAGCAAUGGUGGCAACCGGAAUCGUAUGAAUCACGAUCGCCGAAUGGAUGUGUUCCGAGAGCCGGGAGACGGAAGCUGGCGCCAGUAUACGGUUUCCGGGAAGGCCUGCCGGCCGGAAUCCAAAUGCGAACGCAACAAGGUGACCGGGUUUUACUCGUGCGAGAUCGAGGGUGGUGAGAUCGGGUCGUGGGACUACUGCUGCAAACCGGAACACCCGUGCGGCUACUCCCAAGGGUUCGAGUACCCCUGGUGCUUCGUGGGCGAUGCUCCCGACCAGUGGCGCAAGUGCAGCGAUAAGUACUUUCCCCCGAAACCUCACCAUCAGCAGCAGCAGCACUACCAACAGCAUCCCAAUGGACUCGCCAAUGGUUCGCGUCAUCAAGACAAGAAUAAAAAGGGUGAAAUCUAUCAGCCACCACCGAAACCCGGUGGAUUGAGGCAUCUGGACGAGGUGACGGCCCCGGCGGAAACCUGGCCCGUAACGUUCUUCUACGAAAAGGGCCCUCCCGGAAUCGGUUCCACCGCUGCCAUGACCAGUGGCAACGUGACGACGACCGAACAACUCAGCAGCAACGUUGUGGAUUGCAAGAAAGAUAAAUGCUAGUGAUACGAUAUUAUUUUAUUUUAACCCUAGGCCCCGGAAACCCGUUAACAUUACUUUGAUGAUCAACAAAACUAGCCAAUGAAGUGGACUUUUCAAGGGACAGUAGCAUUGAACAAUAUUUGUUUUUUAAAUCGAUUUGCUAGGUGAAAAAUUAACAACCAAAUUGGAAGCAAGUUUAGUAAAGCAACAUUCAUAAAACUUCGAAGUUACCAAUUACCACACACAUGACGGAUUAAAAAAUAAAUAAAUGAAACAAUUUUUUAAAACCAAGUAGAUAACAUCAAUUAGUGGUAUUACUCAAAAGUUUUGCAAAAGCAACUUAUGAAACAUUAUUAACAAGACCUUAAAUGUUGAAGUCCACUUCAUACACUCAUGAAUUCUCAACAAUAGCUGAUAGAAUCAAAACUUAGCUAGUGAAGUAGAAGCCUCAUAAGAAUCCGACCCAGAACAGCUUCAAUAAGUUCAGUUUUCAGAAUAAGUCUUCUAAUAGCAGUAAACUGGCCUACGGAAUUUACGAAAAACAUCUACAAAUUUUGCCAAACUUAUCGACACUUUCAUUUAAAGUUAAUGCAAAUGCAUUUUUUAGGAUUUAAAAGAAAAAAGUAACAUGAAAAAAUCUUACCACUUUCUUUAUCGUUCACGACGAUCGAAAGCCUAUCGCGUAUGUAUGGAUUAUACAUUCUCGUAUAGUCUCGUCGUGAUAGCAUAAUGAAUGGCGAAAUCACUCGAUAACCAUAAAGAAAGCUGGCGACAAAAUUCAUCUCAAAGGAAAAUAAUGACAAAUCAUCGUUGCGUGUAAGAGCGUGUCCUGAUCUGCUGUUAUUUGAAUGUAGUACCGACUAAGCUAUAGACUGUAAACCGAUAGUUUUAACAAAUGUAAGGCGUUUGCUGUACAAUAUAUCAAAUAAAAUCUCAUUUGA